CACAGGCUCUCAGCUCCCCGCGGGCGCUCCCCGCCCUCUGCUGCCAGAACCUUGGGGAUGUGCCUAGACCCGGCGCAGAGCACGUCCCAGCCAACUGAGAGCAGAACAAACCACUGGCCGACAGCCAAGAGGCUCCCUCCCAGCCACCGCCCCCCGCCAGCGCCUUUCCCCCCCUAUACAAUACAAGAUCUUCCUUCCUCAGUUCUCUUAAAUCACAGCCCAGGGAAACCUCCUCAGAGCCUGCAGCCAGCCACGCGCCAGCAUGUCUGGGGGCAAAUACGUAGACUCCGAGGGACAUCUCUACACUGUUCCCAUCCGGGAACAGGGCAACAUCUACAAGCCCAACAACAAGGCCAUGGCAGACGAGGUGAAUGAGAAACAAGUGUACGACGCGCACACCAAGGAGAUCGACCUGGUCAACCGGGACCCCAAGCAUCUCAACGAUGACGUGGUCAAGAUCGACUUUGAAGAUGUGAUUGCAGAACCAGAAGGGACACACAGUUUUGACGGCAUCUGGAAGGCCAGCUUUACCACCUUCACUGUGACAAAAUAUUGGUUCUACCGCUUAUUGUCUACCAUCUUUGGCAUCCCUAUGGCGCUCAUCUGGGGCAUUUACUUUGCCAUUCUCUCUUUCCUGCACAUCUGGGCAGUUGUACCGUGCAUCAAGAGCUUCCUGAUUGAGAUUCAGUGCAUCAGCCGCGUUUAUUCCAUCUGUGUCCACACCUUCUGUGACCCACUCUUUGAAGCUAUUGGCAAGAUAUUCAGCAAUAUCCAUAUCAACAUGCAGAAAGAAAUAUGAGUGACAUUUCAGGGAUGGAAGUAUUCUCAAUUCUUUUUUCUUCCUUAUUAUUUCCUUGGUGCCAAUUUCAAGUUGCUAUCACAGCAGCAAUUUAUGAAUGGUUUGUCUUGGUCCAGAACAAAGAAGUCAUUUGCUCAGUUUUCCUAUGUACUACUUGUCUCUUGAGCUACUGCAUCUAUUUUUGACAGUCUGAAAUGUUUAAACCCACUCCCACCCUCUCUUUGCAUGUGGAUCAUUGUUUGAUUGGCUAAAAUACAAACAUAUCGUUGAAAGAGAAAAACGAUUAGAAUUGGGGUAGGGUGGGGAUGGAAAAAGAGGACCACCAACCUCAACUGCCCAUUCUAAAAUGAUGAUGUCAUAGAAAGGGAAGACUUCCAGGCUAAGGCCUCAUGUCUAGGGACAUGAGGGCAGGUUUUAAACAGAUACUUCCUCAGCCAUCUGAGGAGUUAGCUGUUGCCACUACUCUUAACAAUCACAAUCUAGUGGGAUUUAGUGACCACUGUCAACUUGGAGACAAUAACCUUCAUGCUCAUGGUUUCAGUAAUGUCUUAUUCAUCUUGACAUUUUAACCCAUUAUCUUGUGUACCUGAAUAUUUGUUAUUACCUAUAAUAAGACCUGGGUGCCUUCUAAUUUUCCAUGUUUCCUUUUCAAAGAGGGUGUAACUCAUCAGCUCUCAUUAUGCCAGCAGCUUUCCUAAAAAAACAAAACAUAGAAAAUCUACUUGCUAGUUCUCUAUACUUGUUUCUGACUCUGAGAUACAGAACCUGUUGAAAUUGACAUCUGUGCUUGGUCAUGUAGCAUCUUUCUCUAUGUCAAGCCUGGUCAACAUUAACCCAAAGAGAUGAUUUAAAGCAGGCAAAUGGGGCUGAGCUCUCUCUGGGCCAGCAGGAGUGGAAGCCAGUUUUUCCUGCCUCUCAGCAACAGAAUGAGGUCAGCAUGUCUAUUCAACUUCACUUAUUUUCAAGAACAACCACACUUUCCUGAAUUGAAGCUAAUUCAUCACUGGGAUGGUUUAGUGGCUCAACACUGUGUUCCCU